UGUAUGAGUGAGAGAAAAGGGAGCCCGGAAAAUGGAAGAGAGUGGGGAAGAAAGCAUUGUCUGUGUGCUGAGGCCAACUCGUAGCUCACACAUGGUCUCAACUUUCAAGAAUCCCAUGAAACCUCCCAGAGAGGAUUCCUCUGUGGCAUGGUAUAACUUGGAGAAAACAAAGCCAGUGAAACAACACGGAUGCACAGAUUUUGAUGAAAGAAAAGCUCGCUCAUCCCAGGACGUUCCUGCAAUGGAAGACUUAAAACAUGGACAGGAGGAGAAUGUGAGCACAAGUGAUUUGGAGGUUGAGAUGCAAAAACAAGACAAAGAACUUCAAAAUUCAGGUGAUGUGCAGGAAAGAGCUAACAGCAGAGGAAAGAGAAGAAGACUGCCGAAAGAUGCCAAUAGUGUGGGGACCUCCGUUCUUUGCCCUGAAUCAUUAGAUAUUCUACCCUUCCCAUCUACAAUGGAUAACCGUUCUUUGAAGCCCAGUUUAGCUACAGAACCAACUUCUUCUAAAUCAACAGAAUGUGAUUCUUCUGCUUCCGGUUCAGAAAAUCCAAAAAAUGAUGAAUUCUCCCAGCCUUCAGGUUUUACUAAGAGAAAAAGAUUAAAGCUAAAACAGGAGCUUGAAAAGCAAACCCAGCAAAAUUUCAAUAUGGAUCUAAAGAAUCAGUAUAGAGAUGCAACGGAGAAUGGAAAAGGGGCAUACUUGGGUUUUGAGAUCAAAGAGCUCCCUCAAUCUGCAUUUGUUAGUAAUGGCUUGGAAUUCUCCAGCAGCUGCUUGGAUCCAGUGCAUACAAGCCAGCAAGAUGUAAGGGAAACAGCAUUGGUGGAUGUGACUUUGACCGUUAAAGCAAGCUAUCGAGCAGAGAACGUCCCAUUUGUUUGUCUAACGAGUAAAUUGAAUGGUAAAGCAAUCUUGGGAUAUCCUCUAGAAAUCGGAGAAUUAGGCGAUGCUUCUGAAAGUUUGCUUCCUAGAAAGGAAAGAGGUGCUUGUAAGCUAUUCGAUGAUGAUGGGAGUAAGCUCCAUCUACUGGUUUGGAAAACUUCUAAAAGAACUCCUGUAUGCUAUAUCACAAAUUCACUUUCUUCUUCCAUUUCCAAGAAUGUGCAGUCUGGGCGAGCCAGUAAAACUGUGGAAGGCUCAAUUUCCCCAUCUACAGAAGAUGGUCUAAAAGAUCAAUCUCUUAGAAAGUUGCUGAAGGAUCCCAAACAACUCAUUGAAAGAAAAGCAGCACCAAGCAGAACUUGUGUUCCGGUGGAACUCAUUUUCAGUAAGAUACUAGCAGCAGUCAGUCAGGUACAAGCUUAGUUAGCCUAAGAUACAGUUUUGAGACAGUACUUCGAUUCUCAUAGGAAGUGGUCGGAUAGUUUACUUUGUGGACUGCCAUUUAAGGUAUUAAAGUCGAGCCAGUUUCAUUACUGGAAUGUCCUUAUAUCAACAUCUUUUGCUGCCACAAAUCCUCAAGCACAUCCAUUUUUUUCUCAUCUGCAGAUUUUGUUUCCUUCUUCUGGUUUGUGUGAAGAUGUAAAGUGAACAACAGUAUUCUGCUUGUACGAGUAGUAUAAUGGCCCAAGCUGAGUCCUACUGUUGUAUCUUUCUCUGUUUCUCAGGGAGAUCUUCGUUUAAUCCUUUAUCAUUUCUUGCUCA